AUGCAUCAUUCACACAUCUUGUCUGCGGCGCUUUUGGGUACUACCACAAACGCAGCUACGCUCUAUGCAACGCAUUAUUCUGGCACGAUCAAUAAAUUGAAUCUGGAUGGAAGUUCGUUGACGCUUGUGAAUUCUAUCAGCACAGGCAACAUAUUGCCGAGCUGGAUCACUUACGACAACGUUGGUAAGGCACUUUAUGUUCCUGACGAGGUCUUCUUCGGCGCAUCCUCGGGGACCCUUACUUCUUUCUUUGUUGGCAGUGAUGGGACGUUGAAGGAUAUUGGAAAAGGCCCAACAAAAAUGGGUGUUGUGGCAACGACGCUCUAUGGCGGUGCCAAUGGCACAUCUUUCAUCGCGAACGCACACUAUCAAACGAGUCAGGUCUCAACAUUCAAGCUUCCUCUCACUGGCGCACAGCCCUUUCAGACGUUGCAGUACACCAUGAGCGGUCCAGGCAAAAUCCCAAGUCGCCAGGAGGCCCCACAUCCGCACCAUGUCUUCACAGACCCAACAGGCGAAUUCUUGGUUGUUACAGAUCUUGGGGCAGAUAUUAUCCGCAUUAACCGCAUCGACCGCAGUUCUGGAAAGCUCACAGAGUGCGGGACUGGCAAACCUACCCCAGGCACAGGACCACGUCACGGAACGUUCUGGGGCUCUGGAGAAAACACCACACUAUUUGUUGCCAACGAACUAUCUAACUCUGUGUCGGGAUGGAAGGUCAACUACCCCCAAUCAUCUACUGGGUGCUUAACGUUGACCCUGCGUGACACUUUGACCCCGUAUCAAGGCAACCUAUCUGCGCCAACAGGUACUAAGGUCGGGGAGAUACACGUCAAAGAUAACUUCGUGUACGUGUCUAACAGGAACGACAAGAAAUUCUCUGGAAAUGAUUCUCUGACGCAAUAUACCAUCGGUUCGGACGGCAAGAUCACCUGGACUGCCAAUACCAGCAGUUUCGGGACUUAUCCAAGGACAUUUGACAUCAGUAAUACAGGAGACUACGUUGCAAUCGGUGAUCAGACAACAAGCAAUGUAGCCAUUGUUAGGAGAAACAAAUCAACAGGUCGCUUGGGAGAUCUGGUCGCAAGUUUGAGGAUUGGGGCUGCCGGCACGCCAGAGAGCGAGGAUGGAUUGAGCGCUGUGGUUUGGACAGAGUAGACAUAUCAGUUUGAGC